AUUAUCGCUACACCUUCCUCCUCCAUCACCGCAGUUCCAGUUUUCAAGUAUCUCUGUGCUCGACUAUUCCGCUGUUUUCUUCUUAUUUCGUUGUUUUUGGUUAUUUAUGGUUAAAUAUAGGUAAACGUACGUUAAGUGAAAAACAUAAAUUAUCAAAUCUUAAAUUAACAAAUAUUAAAUGGACGAACUGCAGUUCAGAUAAAACUGAAUGACUGAAUUACAGAACAAGUUAUGUGUUUACCUGUGUAAGUCAGAAAGAAGGACCUACGGAGGGCAGAAGGAGAACAAAGAACGGCUAUGGCAUCACUGCAGGAGGCUACGCCGGAGGAGCUGCCAGCAUUGCUCGAACGUCUGACAACCAAACUCCCACAUUCAUUCACUGUGCAUGGGGUGGUGAGUGGCCAACUAAGUCAUGGACUGGACCGCUGGAAGAUUAUUGUCUCUCCUGCACCAUCCACACUAGUGAUCGUUACUAGGAGUUCCUUAAGUCUUCAGUCAGUGUCAUUGUACUGGGAUGUUGAUGAAGACCAGGAAACACUGACUAAGAUGCUGGCAUCAACGACAUUGAUAAACUGGACACAGCGCAUCGUAUUAUUUGCCUGCACUCCUUAUGUCAUCAGAAAGAUGGAUGAGAUGAUCAGGACCGGCGUACUUGGGGGAGGUAAAUUAAUACCUGACCCCGUUAUUGACGCUCACGUGUACACUGUAACCCAGGCUACUCUUCCCUCCGCCUCUCCCAGGUUACCAGAGGGAUUAAGGAUAGGACCUGUGGAACCGCAUCACGCUCAUGUUCUUUUCAAACACUGGGAGUAUAACCAACUUGAGAACAUUGAGGAAUAUACUGAGAUGGUGAAAGCUCUCCCUGGCUAUGCUGUCUACCCUUGCCCUUCACCCCACACUACAGAGGGCACUGAAGAUUCAGCACUGGAAGACACGGAACAACCCAUAGCGUGGGCACAGUUCUCACCGCAUAACACUAUUCAGAACACAUUUACCUUGGAGAAAUAUCGCAGGAUGGGCCUCGGUAAGGCUGUCACUCUCGCCCUGGUAACACACUUGCUGAGAGAAGGCACAAGUGCCUCACUUAUCAUUGCGGAUAAAAAUGAGCCUUCCAUAAGAUUCCAUGAGGGGCUGGGGUUCGUCAGGGAGACUCCCGUCAUGUUUCUGGUCUGCUCCGUGCUCGGAGGUUCUGAAGAUUUUCCCUCCACUCAAUAAAUCUCAUUGUGUUUUCCUCCUUCCCAUCCCCUGUCCCCCACACAGAAACAGACAGACAGACAGACAGACACACACACACACACACACACACACACACACACACACACACACACACACACACACACACACGGGGCCAAGAGCUGAGUCUCGACCCCUGCAACCACAAUUAGGUAAGUACACACACACACACACACGCACACACACACACACACACACACACACACACACACACACACACACACACACACACACACAGCGGAUAUGCUGUGUGUGCCACUUACCACAAUCUUCAACACAUUCCUGGAAAUUGGGGAACUACCUGAGGUAUGGAAGACGACAAAUGUAGUUCCCAUUUUGAAAAAAAGAGACAGAAAAGAGGCACUAAACUAUAGACCUGUGUCAUUGACGUGUAUAGUAUGCAAAGUUAUGGAGAAGAUUAUCAGGAGGAGAGUGGUGGAGCACCUGGAACGGAACAAGAGUAUAAACGCCAACCAGCACGGAUUCAUGGAAGGAAAAUCCUGUGUCACAAACCUUCUGGAGUUUUAUGAUAAAGUAACAGAAGUAAGACACGAGAGAGAGGGGUGGGUUGAUUGCAUCUUCUUGGACUGCAAGAAGGCCUUUGACACAGUUCCUCACAAGAGAUUAGUGCAGAAGCUAGAGGAUCAGGCGCAUAUAACAGGAAGGGCAUUGUAAUGGAUCAGAGACUACCUGACAGGGAGGCAACAACGAGUCAUGGUACGUAAUGAGGUAUCACAGUGGGCACCUGCGACGAGCGGGGUCCCACAGGGGUCGGUCCUAGGACCAGUGCUAUUUUUAGUAUAUGUGAACGACAUGAUGGAAGGGUUAGACUCAGAAGUGUCCCUGUUCGCAGACGAUGUGAAGUUAAUGAGGAGAAUUAAAUCAGAUGAGAAUCAGGCAGGACUUCAAAGAGACCUGGACAGACUGGACACCUGGUCCAGAAAAACUGGCUUCUCGAAUUUAACCCCGCCAAAUGCAAAGCAAUGAAGAUAGGGGAAGGCCACAGAUCCCAGCAGAAGGAGUAUAGGCUAGGUGGCCAAAGACUUCAAAACUCGCUCAAGGAGAAAGAUCUUGGGGUGAGUAUAACACCGAGCAUGUCUCUGGAAGCACACACCAACCAGAUAACUGCUGUAGUAUAUGGGUGCCUGGCAAACCUGACAACAGCGUUCCGAUACCUUAGCAAGGAAUCGUUCAAGACACUGUAUACUGUGUACGUCAGGCCCAUACUGGAGCAUGCAACACCUGUUUGGAACCCGCACUUGAUCAAACACGUCAAGAAAUUAGAGAAAGUGCAAAGGUUUGCGACAAGGUUAGUUCCAGAGCUAAGCGAAAUGUCCUAUGAAGAAAGAUUGAAGGAAAUCGGCCUUACGAUUUCCUUCAAGAGGUCACAGUUGGAAGUUGAAGACUCAGAUGAGUCACAGGGAUGUUUGGAAGCAGUUCUUCAGUUAUAGAGUGGUCAGGAAGUGGAAUAGGCUGUCGAGCGAUGUAGUGGAGGCAGGUACCAUACAUAGCUUUAAGACGAGGUAUGAUAUAGCUAAUGGAGCAGGGAGAGAGAGGACCUAGUAGCUUUCUGUGAAGAGGCGGGGCCAGGAGCUGAGUCUCGACCCCUGCAACUACAAUUAGGUGAGUACAAUUAGGUGAGUACACACACACACACGCACACACACACACACACACACACACACACACACCCUACACACACACACACACACACACACACACACACACACACACACACACACACACACACACACACACACACACACACACACACACACACACACACACACACAGGGGUCAGUCAGGGUCAGUCCUAGGACCAGUGCUGUUUCUGGUAUUUGUGAACGACAUGACGGAAGGAAUAGACUCUGAGGUGUCCCUGUUUGCAGAUGACGUGAAGUUGAUGAGAAGAAUACACUCGAUCGAAGACCAGGCAGAACUACAAAGGGAUCUGGACAGGCUGCAGACCUGGUCCAGCAAUUUGGCUCCUGGAGUUCAAUCCCACCAAGUGCAAAGUCAUGAAGAUUGGGGAAGGGCAAAGAAGGCCGCAGACGGAGUACAGUCUAGGGGGUCAGAGACUACAAACCUCACUCAAGGAAAAAGAUCUUGGGGUGAGUAUAACACCAGGCACAUCUCCUGAAGCGCACAUCAACCAAAUAACUGCUGCAGCAUAUGGGCGCCUAGCAAACCUCAGAACAGCAUUCCGACAUCUUAAUAAGGAAUCGUUCAGGACCCUGUACACCGUAUACG